AUGGAUACCACCGCGUCACGGGGAGUUGGUUAUGAUGAGAGGAAGGGUCUUUCUCUCGCUCCCGCUCCGCCGCCUCUUUCCGCGACAAUACAUCGGUGCAGAAGGAGGCCACCGCACUACACGCCCUCUCGCUGCCGACCAUGCCUCGCACCACGGUCGACAGGGAUAGGACGAUACAGCGAUCUGGUAGGCGCAACCUUCAUAGGCAUAGGCAUAGCGGUACUAGUGGCACUGGAUAAAAUUACUGAUCUUAUACCGGCAAUCAACACAAUCCCCAUCUUGGUAAUUGUGAUUGGCUGCAUCAUCUUUUUAAUUGCCUUCUUUGGAUGCUGUGGAGCUGUUAGGGAGAAUGGAUGUCUCCUUAUUAUGUACGCCGUAUGUAUGCUCAUAAUGGCAGGAGCAAAUAUUUGGCUGGCGGUGGCAAUAUUUAACAACUUGAAUGGGCUAAUGAACACGAUCGAAGAAUGGGUCGACACCGCAUUCCAGCAACAUGGACAAACUCUAAAUGGCAUGUUCAGGGCACUGGAAGAACUAUUACGAUGCUGCGGAACGACCGGCAAGGAGUCCUAUAACGACCUGCUGUUCAUCCCGUCGUCCUGCUGUCCAUUAGAAAACUGCGAUAACGCAGACACCUACUACGACGGGUGUUCGGCGAAGUUCACCGAAUACCUAACCAAUUUUGGAAAUAUUGUUGGCUAUAUAGUCAUUGUCGUUAUUUGUAUUGAGGUUACCGCGAUGAUCUUUGCACUGUUCCUGAACAGUCGGAUCUCUAAAGCAAAGCGAGGUUACUAAACCAGACGUCAUUUGUUCAAUAAAAUGAGAAAUAAGCCCCUCCGGCGUACUGUCACCGAACGUUUUAAAAAUUAUGAUGAUCUUCUAUUAUCUUUUAUUGUAUCUGUAUUUCAAAGAUAUUUGGGAAAGUAACACAAUUUAACUUCUGGAACGAUAUCAUACACAAUAUUUGCUACCC